AUGUCCAAAAAUGGAGAUAUACGAGGAUUUUUUGGAAAGAAGGCAUCACAGACCUCAAGACCGGACACUAGCAGCGCCUCUCAGCUAGGACCGGAGCCGAAGCAAGCAACCAAGCCCGCACCUGUCGCUGCCUCGGAGCUUUGGCUGGAUUCGCCGGAUUUGCCAUCUUCUCCCAUUACCCCCCAGAAGAAUGUGACCAAGACACCUCGGGCACGUGAUACCGAGAUCAAAGGAUCCGACGAUGAAGAUGAUGAUUCGGACUCUUCCUUUGAGUCCAUAGGAGCGAUGCUCGGGAGAGGACGCAACAAUUUGGGUGCAGCUUCUCAGAAUGUGUCCGCCGGGUUCAUGACAACCCCAAAGGCUAAGAGGAUUGCGCGCGGGGGGUUUCAUCGCUCGCCUCUUACCCUUCAGCAACAGCCGAAGCAUAAGUUCGAUUUCAAGACUCUACUCAACCACGUGAAGCAGGACAAUGCUUUUGACGAGAGUGUUCGAAGGGCCGAAGCGGCCAUGGCCGAGGCCGAGGAGGAGUUGGAGCCCGUGAUCAACCCAGACAAGAUGGCCGGCGAGGCCAUGGCUGGCGAAGAUGAGUCCAAGAUCGAAAAGCUCGCCAAGGCUAUAGACAGAACUACGGGCGAUGAAUCUCGCCCUCGUGCCUAUUUCUUUGACUUUGAGGAGCCGCCGCGGGACCUUAAGAAGAAACCGUUUCCCAAGAAGAGUGUCAAAGCCAAACCUUGGUCUAUUCUCCAAACGGAAAGCUCGAGGAAUCAAAUGUUCAUUCACGGAUUGCCUACCACCUUGGCAAGGAAGGGAAAGGAACUACCAGACGAACUAUACUUGUGGAUACUUGACCAAGUUUGUGUUGAAAAUGAUGCGCAGUUGCGCAACCAGUAUAUCGAGCUAGCUUCGUCCUGUAUUGACGAUACAAACCGUCUCGUUACUGCAGAAAAGCUGUAUGGCAUGCUCGAAACAUUAGGAGGCGCAAAAUACUCAGACGAGGGUGGGAAACUCCCACUCUCACCUGGUCUGCAGAACCCCUAUCCCGGGAGAGAUUGGGCACCUCUAAGAUACUUCUUGGAAUUGCUCACGCGGAUGGCUCGAAAUCUCAACACAGAGACCAAUCUUGAUGCAAUAAAAAUGCUCCUGCGACUAGGCCUGGAUCCCAUUAUUGUGACCAUGGCCGGGUUACAGGUCGCUCAUUCCACAGCUCUACUAGAGUUGAUAUCAGCCUUGCCUGCAGCACCAGCACGAUGGGAAUAUUGCUGUAAAAGCAUAUGCGACUACCUCUAUACAAGCGUUGAGCAAGCAUCACAACGGUCAUUUGCCAUUUCAAUGCUCCCGACCUCAAUACCUCCGGGCGUAGAUCUCCAGCGGCGACUGGCAUCAGAAGCACUGCUCAACGAGCCCAAUCUCGGCGCAAAGGACCCCGGUCAAUCAGUCACAAUUCAUGAUAUUUUUGACCGCAUGUCAGAGCCAGACUUCCAGAUUACGAACUCGACAGAUUUUGGGGAACUCAUCGCCCUGGUAACACUCCUCGACAUUGUGAUACACGAUGGAACUCAUCUCUACCGCGCUCAACUUGCCCUUUCCACUUCGACAGCCCCGGAAGACGAGGCUCGAUCCCACUACGAUGCUGACAUCGACCGGAUUGUCGUGGGGCUCAAAAUCCUCCACGACAAGAUUAGCGACAAUACGCUGAUCCUCAAAAAGGAAGUCAAGCUAUCUCUUGAUGGUAUGAUGAAACGACUCAAGAAUACUGUGCGAUCGUGUCCGCCGCCAAAGAUUACAAUUUUCGAUGACGACAAAGCCGAAAAGGAGGACAAGUUCUUGCCACGGCAGAAGGACUUUAUGAAGAAAUGGACUGCUGCCAAGAAAUCUGCCGUAGAGGAAUAG